CCCCCCGCAUGGUGUGCUCGUAUCCAAUUUUUUCUGCUUUCCGCACUCCUCUCUUCUCUCUUUUCUCUCUCUUCGGACCAGUCUUCUUGCUCCACUGGCACUGACCGCUCCGGUACAUCCCCUCGCCUCGUUGCUCCUUGACUGCUUCGCCGGCGAUACCCGCUCCCCAUUGCCGCCCCCCGCCGCCGCCGCCCGCCGCCGCCGCCGCCGCCGCCGACGACGACGGUCGCUGAAUGCGUCGGCCCGCCGCCCCGUCCGCGCCUCGCGAGCACGGCCUCGCGCUCCUCCUCCCUCUCUCGCUGUCCGCUCCCCUCGCCUCUGCCCAGAUUCGGUCGUAAUGCGGUCGGCUGCUUGAGGGCCGCCGUCCGAUCUCCGUCUCCGGCCGGCGCGUUGAUGAUUUACCUCAAGAUCCUGCGGUCCUUUGCGGAUUCUGGCGCUUCCGGGGAUCCGCAUUCCGGCUUCUCGCCCAGGGUUUCCCCGCUCCCGAGCGGCCGGCGCUGAGCAGGCGUUCCGGCGCGGGAGGUCGCGGGGGCUUCGGCUCCGGAUUCUAGGGUUUUGAAAGCGAGGCUUCAUCAGGUACUUCGCUGCGACCGCCCUACGUUUCCCUGCGUCCUUUCGGAUUUGCUCUUGGUUGGAUACGCGUUACUUUCAUCGGGGAGGUCCUGCAUCUACAUGGCGUUGGCGACUAAUAAAUGCCUUCUUUAUUAGCGAUAGCGACGCCUGGUUGACCGUUCCAGGACGGGGGAGGUGAUCAGACGGCAGCUGCCCCCCUUUUUUUUCGCGUCGCUCUGUCCGAUCCCAUCCGGAAGGCGAGACCUUUGAUGACGAGGAUGGGAAUGCGCGCGAAGUGAUGGGCUCGUUUCCUCGUGGAAAAGGCGGAGCUUUUGAGAUUCUCCAGCAGUUGUUGUUGGUCCAGGAGGCCGGGGGCAGUAGCUUCUUUCGCAAGGAUCGGCAAAGGGGAAAAGUAAAUCUGGGCAUUGCCUUGUUCAGGAAUUGCAACGGCUGAAUAAAGCUUUUUGCCUCUCGCCUCCUCUCUGGAAACCCACGUUCCCCUCUCCCUUUUUCCUCUGCGGUGCCCGUUGGUGCUGCUCGUCAUUUGAUUGGAGAUCUUUUUCAAGAAUCUGGAAUUGCAGAAACCCAGUUUCUGGAAGACAGUUUACUGCGCCGCUCUUGGAGUGUUCGUUUACUUUGUGGGUGUUGAACUCGGAUAUCGGUUCGAGUAGAGUGGCAUUCUGCCGAUUUUCACCACCCCACCGGGAGCAUCCAUGGGGCGUCUCUGGGGUCUCAUGAUGCAUGUCCUUUUGUUAUGCUUAUUUGAGGUUGAGAGUUCGAAUGCCCAGUCUACUGUCGGAUCCCCACGAGCUUUGGAUGCGGUUCUCCAGGAUUAUGCAUAUAGGGCUUUUAACCGCGCUAGGACAGGCGUUUCCUACGACGGAACUGUUCCCCCAAACUUGACAGGGAUUAAGGUAUCUGCAAUGAGGCUUCGGAGUGGCAGCUUGCGAAGCAGAGGUGUUACGGCGUACAAGGAGUUUGAAAUUCCAACUGGAGUUACUGAGACUCCAUAUGUUGAGAGGCUGGUUCUUGUGUAUCAAAAUCUGGGAAAUUGGUCUGCGGUGUAUUAUCCGUUACCUGGUUACGCGUAUUUAUCACCCGUUCUGGGUCUUCUUGCUUAUGACGCAUUUAACUUGUCGGCUACGAAUUUGCUAGAGUUGGAUAUCAGGACAACUGCUAACCCCAUAGUGAUUAAUUUCACAGAUGUGAAGUCUCCUCCACUGGGGUCUGUUGCCAAGUGUGUUUCAUUUGAUAUAAAUGGUUCUAUCAAUUUCAGCAAUCUGAUAUCGAGCAAUGUAUGCUCUACAACAGAACAGGGACAUUUUUCCAUAGUGGUUGAAUCUAUUGCUCCGUCCCCUUCUCCAAUCUCUCCGCCUCCAACACCUGGUGGAGGAGGACCAACACCAGGAAAGGCAGGUCAUGGAAAGUCCAACACCAAAGUCUGGAUAAUUGUCGGGUCUGUUGUGGGGGGAUUAGCAUUGAUUUUGCUACUGAGUUUGUUAGCGUUAUGGGCACAAAAGUUCAAGCAAAGAAAGAAUAUGCAACAGAUGGAGAAGGCUGCAGAAGCCGGGGAAACACUGCAUAUGACUUCGGUUGGUGAUACGAAAGCACCAGCAGCUAUGGUCACCAGAACCCAGCCCAUUCUCGAGAGUGAAUAUGUGCCCUAACUUCAAAUAUUCUGGCAAGCUUCCACGUUCAUGGAGCUGCCGCUUCUAUUCAAGUUCACUUCCUCUGCCCAGAGAAGGAUUUUUUCCCCCUGACCGCACCUUCUUUUUGGUGGUGUCUCCCAUCUAAUCUCUUCAUUCAUGGUAAGUCCUUUGCUACUAGUGUGGGCAAACUAGGAUUUUUGUGUAAAUCUGUUUCUUUCACUUGUGAGCGUCCAUAAUUUUGUGAUUCGUUGUCGUGUGCAUUUAGUGAAAAAAGUCAAAUUCUAAUCGUGUUGAAUUUUACUUGCCAAUUGAGAAGGAAUAAAAGGAAAUUUCCGCAUCA